AUGCCGGGCCUCGUCGAGACACCCGCAGCCACCAGCGCCGUCCCUGUCUGGCCUGGCCAGGAUUUUUCCGUUGCUUACCAGAAACUCGAUCUAGAGCUGGAUUUUAUCAACAAGAGUCUGAAGGGGAAGACUGAGAUCACUAUCCACCCGCAUCACAAGGACCUCAGGGUUAUCAAACUCCAUUUUCGUCAGGGCGAAAUCAAACGAUUGAAUAUCAAUGGGAAGGCGGUAACAGGACUCAAAUACACCGAUUCCCACUCUGCCCUCAAUCUUUAUGGCGUGCAGUAUCACCAACGCCUCUCCGCGAAAGUCGAAAAUCUUCUCAAGCCCCAGAUCGAACCUGAAUUGGUGAUCACACUUCCCAAGUCUUUACGAAUCGAAGACCUCGAUCCCCUGUCAUCGGAAGCGCAAGACCAGAUUGCUUUUCGGUCAUCUGUCGGAAAUGCGGAUGACCCCGACGGCCCAAGUGCGAAAGCGACAGAGAACGCUCUCCCCCGGUAUACUGCGCUAACGGUCUAUAUCGAGUUUACAGUUGAUAACAUUCGGGAAGGAUUACAGUUUGUAGGGGUGGAUAGUGGUGACAGACGGUACCCUCAUGCAUAUACUACGAAUUCAACAGGACUUGGUGCUGCUAGCUGCCUCUUCCCGUGUGUGGAUGACCGAUUAGCGAGAUGCAUGUGGGAUGUGACCAUUAAAUGCCCUUGCUCUCUUAAUGCGGUUUUUGAACGAAAAGGGCAGGAAACAUCUAAGAAUCACACACAUGGCAAGAAUGAGCUCAAUGGAGCCGGAGCCGAUGAUGAUGACACCCUCGAUAUGACGGUGGUUUGUUCCGGUGAUAUGACCGACGAGAUUGUAGACCCGCGAGAUUCGAGUAAAAAGAGCGUAUCUUUUUCAUGCGUCUCAAAUAUCUCUGCUCAACAAAUCGGCUUUGCUGUGGGACCUUUCGAACAUGUGAAUCUCUCCCAGUUUCGAGAAAGCGACCAAGACGAACAACUGGGAGACAAUGCGAUUUCCGUUGACGCAUACUGUCUUCCAGGAAGAGCCGAGGAAGUGAAAAACACAUGUUUUCCGAUGGCUAGGGCCAUCGAUUAUUUUUCUGUGACUUACGGUUCCUACCCCUAUUCUGGUUACAAUAUAUGCUUCGUGGACGAUAUCGCCUGCGACACGAUUCCUACCCCCUCACUAUCCAUAUGCAGCAAUCGCCUGCUCUUUCCAGAAACGAUCAUCGACCCGAUGUAUGACUCAACAAGGUCUUUAGUCUAUGCUCUGGCCUCUCAAUGGGCUGGCGUCAGUUUGGUACCCAAGGAUGUAAAGGAUACAUGGGUAACGGCCGGCGUGGCUUAUUAUAUAACAGACACAUUUAUGAAAAAGCUGUGUGGAAAUAAUGAGUACCGCUUCCGUAUAAAGCAGAUGUCUGACAGAGUCUGCGACUUGGACUACGAGAGACCUUCCAUUUAUGAACUGGGAAACUACUUGAGACUGGACCCAUCAGAACUGGAGUUCAUCGCUCUGAAAGCUCCUCUCGUUCUCUUUAUAUUAGAACGACGUCUCUCCAAGGCCAGUGGGAAACCAACUGUCUCACGAAUCAUUGGACGCCUGCUGCUCAACAAUCGCAUGGGUGACCUGACAAAUGGCGCAGUAACUACAAUGAACUUCAUUAAGCUUUGUGAAAAGUUUGGUCAUUGCAGACUUGAUGUCUUUUUUCAGCAAUGGGUCUUCGGCGCCGGUUGCCCUCGGUUUUCAGCGACACAGCGAUUCAACAAGAAGAAGCUUGUUGUUGAAAUUAUGAUAAAACAGUUACAAGGAGAAUCACAAGGCGCUAAAGAUCUUGAGAAAUCUUCUUUCUUGCGAGACUUGAAGGAAGAACUCCGCAGUGUCUAUGCUGCCCCAGUCCAGCCAGUGUUCACAGGAUCAAUGACCAUUAGAAUCCACGAGGCUGAUGGAACGCCGUACGAGCAUAUUGUUGAAAUCAAGGAACAGACCACGAAAUUCGAAGUCCCUUAUAACACCAAAUACAAGAGGUUGAAACGUAAUAAGAGGCAAAAGGAACGUGUCACCCUGAAUGUAGGGGCCGAUCCUAACGCAGAAACACAAGACGAUGUACUGCUAUAUUGCCUUGGCGAUGUUCUUCAAACAGAAGAAGAAAUCCAGGACUGGAGAUUAGCGGAUUGGAGCAAAGAAGAGGAGGAUCGUAUGGGGCAGGAGUCUUACGAAUGGAUUCGGAUGGACGCUGAUUUCGAGUGGAUAUGCAAGCUAUCUUUAACCAUGCCUGGCUACAUGUAUCUCUCACAGCUGCAGCAGGAUCGAGACGUUGUUGCCCAGCUGGAGUCUAUGCAAUACAUGGCUAUUCAGAAACCCCAUGCUCUAGUCUCAACAAUCUUUAUUCGCACCCUCAUGGAUAGGCGGUAUUUUCAUGGUAUUCGUACUGCAGCUGCAUAUGCAUUGGUAAAGCAUGCAAAGGAAGAGAUUGACUGGAUCGGUCUUCACCAUUUAGAGAGGGCAUUUCAAGAGCUAUUUUGCUUGCCAGGGUCACAAGUGACGCGUGACAACGACUUUUCCGACCAGGCAUCGUAUAUCCUUCAAAAGGUCAUACCCGAGGCUAUCUCCCAGGUCCGUGAUAAUAGUGGCAAGACUCCUUUGAGGGCGAAGCGCUUCAUUUUUGAUAAACUCAAGUUCAGCGACAACUCAAAUAACGAGUAUUCGGACAAUUUUUACAUUAGCUCUCUGAUGACAUCAAUAGUUAAUGCUUUGGAGGGCCGUGGAGUCGAAACAUCGACCCAUAAUGAGUUGGAGUUUGACAUGGAAGGGGAGUUGGAGCGCCAAGCCGAAGAAAAACUUGAAAAGGACGCAAUAGCGGAAAUCGACAGAUACCGACGAAUGGAUGAAUGGUCCAGCUCUUUCCAGAAUAUUUACUCGAGGACUGCUCUACAAUGCCAGUUGCGUCUUACAAAGGCCAACAUCAUGGACCUUGACGCAAUUCAUUUCCUCCAAUAUACUAGGUUUGGAACCUUUGAUAUGCUAAGAAUAGACGCUUUUGAGUGUCUUGCUGAGCUGGAUAUAUUCGGAAUUCCCGAGCUCUUGAGAUGGUUCCUCUUCAUAAUGUCAUCAGAUGCUAGCGCAUGGAUUCGUCAUCGACUUCACGGUCCCUUUGGUAGAGCUCUUGCCUCUGUGGCAUUUGGCACCCACCAGGUUCCUGAAGAACCGCCACCAAGCGAUGGGUUGAUUAUCGAACAAGAAUCCACCACAGAUAUCCGCCGAGCAGAUUUGGCCAGGAAGCAGACCAUGCCUGGAGCCUUGGAAGCUCUAAAAAAGGAGCUCUCCCGGAAUUCAACUUUGAAAGAAUCGCUAUGGGCUGCAUGCAACUCUUCGUACAUUGGAGCACUGGAGGUUUCUGAUUUCACAGAUUUCUGCCGCGUCUUAUAUGACGCCAAGGUGUCUGUUCCGGUCAAGUUGAAAUACCCUCGGUAUUGGAAAUGCCAGCACAUGGGCAAGGGUAAAAUGCGCUUUUACAAAUCAGACCGAUACCGCAUGUCUCUCACGACAUCUAAAGAUACUGCUAGUACCGGGACAAAACGCAAGCGUGAAGAUCAAGGCAUGCCAACACCCGCGCCUCGCAUUACAUUCAAACAAUCAAAGUCAAACCUUGGCGCUAGCACUCCUUCAAUACCGAACCCUGAAGGACGCAAACUCACCAAAUUACAUAUCCCCAGUCACUUAACCAUGCCUACCCCUACUGUGGCUUCUCAAUCACCCCAAAACCCAACCCCGACUACACCUGGCGGCGGAUUGAAACUCAAACUUAAGUUUGGGUCGAUGAAAUAG